UCAAUCUACGACGCGGAAGCUCUAGAAAACGCCAUCUGGACGUCCGCUAAUUGCCAAGGAAGCAUCUUCCUAAUGUCUGAAAUUGCAUCAUUUGAGACGUUCGGAGAAAACCCCAGACUUGCGUGGAACUACAAUGGCAGAGUGAUUUUUGCUGGACUUACCAGAGAGCAACUGGAAAAGCUUCUGCUUGGAAGGAAAGUGAGGAAAACCGAGCAUGUAUUGGGUGUAGUCAAGAGCGACAAAGAGGGCCACUACAAAGUGUACAGGAACGAGCUCUACUGGAGGCGAGGGAGUCUGGCUCUUGCGGCCUUGUGGCGCGGAAAGGAUUUCGCCGGGUCCCCGAACUUCUUCCCAGACAAAAUAUCCAACAUCCGACAGGCACCUCUGAAUGUAAUAGUGUUCGAAUUCCCCCCAUCGAUCAUAUAUCGCCGGAGUGCCAAUGGCUCCCUGAUCUCCCGUUAUGGCUGGGAAGUGGCUGUGGUCGAGGCGCUGGCAAAAGUGGUGAACUUCACCAUUGUCUACGUGGAACCAACCCCUGGGGAGAAAUGUGGGCGUGAAGCUUCCAACGGAUCUUGGGACGGCCUGGUGGGUCUCCUGGCGAAGGACAAAGGCGAUUUGGGAGUUGCCAAUAUAUUUAUCUCGGCAAUCGGACGCUUGGAGUACCAGGAAUACAGCAUCCAGUUUGCUACGGAGGAAACGUGUUACCUGGCCCGCAUGGAACCACCUUUACCCCGUUGGCAGUCACUCGCUCUCCCUUUCAAACUGAAUUCGUGGAUAGCCGUUAUGGUUGGGAUGGUCCUGGCUGGCCCUCUCCUCUACUUGCUAGCCGCUGCCAGCGCCCGUUGUGGAUACGAGAACCAACACCUACUGUCACCGAUAUACUCCUUCCUGUAUUCCUUCGGAAUGCACUUCCGCUAUCCAACCAUGUUCCUGCCGAUUCGACCAACGACGCAGAUCUUCGUGGUGUUCCUGUGGAUCUACACCUUCAUCCUGAACACAGCCUACAGCUCCAACCUCACAGCUUUCCUCACGAUCAGCAGGCAGCCACAGAGCAUGGAGACGUUCAAGGAGCUUUACGAAGGACACUACAAGGUGUUCAGUUUGGGCAAAUUCUUCCAGAGCUCUAUGGCCAGUUCUUUGAAUAAGUAUCUGAACUACAUUUUGGCUCAAAAACCAGGACCUAGGAGAGCGUUUCUAUCAAAUCCCGUCAUUUUGCAAGCAAACGUUUCUUUAUCAUCAUCAACAGGCCCUAGCAGAACGUUCUAUCAAAUCCCGUUGUUCGAGGACAUCAAACCAAAGGUGCUGAGUGGCGAAGGAGUGAUGAUUCAGAGUCGUAGUUACCUAGGGUAUGUGAGCGUCCAGUUAACGACACCAAAGGGCAGGCCGAUGGUUAGGAUCAUGAAGGAAUGCUUCGCUCCCUUUGGCGUCGGUCUGGCGUUCCAGAGUAAUUCUCCUCUGAAGGCCAAGUUUGAUCGCGUUAUCUCUUGGAUGGUUGAAAGUGGACUGGUUGGAAGAUGGUUCCUGGAUUCAAUCGCUCUCUCCUUGAAGUACAAGCAACUUGAGAAAAGGGAGAUCACAGACAGCGUAGCAGAACAUGCGCAUGACCAGCACGUCAUACCCUUGGGCAUAGACCACCUGCAGGGCAUCUUCCUCGUCCUGGUCGUUGGAUGCCUGAUUGGUAUUCUUUGCUUCGCCUUAGAGAUGUGCCUCAGAAAAUCUGAUCGGAAUUGAAGAGGAAUAAUUGUUGUCGAACUCAUUCCU